GUACCACUUUAAUUUGUCGAAGUGAAUGAAUCAAACCUAAAUCGUGACUUUUCGAUAAUAUUCGAGAAUAUUUUAACUUUUUUCCCUGGUCAAUAGAAACCGUGGUAAUGCAAACGUGUUUACGGCAGUGAAACGUAAAGUGUACAAUUGUUUAAGCAAUUCUGAUUUUGUUCUUCGGUAUGUCAGAAGGCGAGGCUACAGCGUCGCAGAAGAAACAGCAGCCAUUUCAGCAACAGCCACAACUUGGAAUAGGCUCAAUGGCGAAUAUGGCAUGGCAAUAUCCCUCGCCAAACAAUAUCCACAACAUGUUUCCCCCAUAUUCAGGGCAAUUAUAUGGACCAGGAUAUCAAGGUGUACCUCAUCAAGGACAAACGUUUAGCUACUAUCAUGCAAUGAUGCCAGGAUAUGGACAACCUUUUACUCCACAGCAGAUGCAACAGCAGCAACAGCACCAACAACAGCAGCAGCAACAACAGCAGCAGCAGCCACAACAGGACAACAAUCAAGGAAAACAGUUACAUCAGCAACCACCAGUACCUGGAACCCCCAUGUCUUUGGAUGAUGAUUCUGAACUUCCUCCUUUACCUCCUGGACCACCCCCGUCAGUACAGACAUCUCAACAACACAAUAAUCAAAUACAACCAUCUAUGCAACCUCAUCCAGGGUACAUGUACAAUGCUUUUCCAUAUGGUACUUGGAAUGGCAUGCACAAUGAUAUGUCCCAAUACAAUAAUCAAAUUCGUUUCAAUGUAUAUAACAAAAAGAAUGGUUUGGCUUUUCUCUCUCCAUCUGGCAAUAGUGGAGCUGCGAAGAGAAAACGUAAGCGGAAUAAAAAUUUAGCAGCUCAGUUCAACAAUAGCUUUCAGGCAAACAGUCCAACGACGAAUUUCGUACCGGGUCCCAAUCUAAAGACCGAAUUACCACCUUUACCUCCUGCACAGUGUGAAAUAGUGGCUCCUCCUCCACCAACUGAAGAAUCCCCUGCUCCUACUACACCUGCUAUCACAACUGUUAAUAAUACAAUUCCUAGUGCUGGUACACCAGCGGUAGGUACUCCCUCUAUCGUGACAAAUCCCAGUCCAGUCGGUGAUUGGCCUGACAGUUUGAAGAACUAUGUAAACAGGUGUUACGAAAAAUGCAAAACGGCAGUAGACAAGGAUCAAGUUGAGAUUAUAUUAAAGGGAAAGAUUACGCGUGCAGCGAAUGACGGCUCGCUUUGGGUAAAAGACUGGGACCAAGAACCAUUGCCUAGCAUUCAUAGUGAACGUAUGACUAUGACGAUAAAGCCUCAAAAACCGGCCUUGAAAUUAAAUAAUUUACCGAAUCCGCUGAUGAAUGCACAGGGAGGCUUGCGCAAGCCAGGUCUCUCCACUUCUCUUGGGGCUCGGCUUGGCGCGCGUCUCUCUGUGAAUUACAAACGGUCAAGGUCGAGGUCGAGGACUAGAUCAAGAUCAAGAUCCAGAUCGAGAUCAAAGUCCAGGUCGAGGUCGAGGUCAAGAUCGAAGUCAAGGUCGCGUUCGAAUACACGUAGCCCACCAUCACGAAAGUACAGGCGUAGUACGUCAUCGUCGUCGAACGUUAGUGAUCGGGAACACGAUUAUAAAUCGUUAAAAACGAAAAAAUCUACUAAAAGCAAACUGAGUCACAGCAGCAAGAAAACAAAGAAGACUAAACAGAUGAAAUCACAUUUCUAUUCAGAAUUUGGUUUAGCUACAGGAAACACCGAGGAAUUAGGAUCUAAGGAGAAAUUACAACAACGUGCUGCAAGAUUUAACCAUACUAUUUCCAGGACAGCCAACAAUGGUGUUAAAGAUGACUCAUCUACAGACUUUGAUUUUACCGGACUUCACAUUGUCGGAGUAUGCAAGGACAUAGAGAAACCUUAUUUACGUUUAACAUCUGCUCCAGCUCCCUCCGCCGUUCGACCGGUAAGUGUACUCCAAAAUUCUUUGGCACAUGUCAAGAAACGCUGGGUGGCUGAUCAGGACUAUAGAUAUGCUUGUGAUCAACUUAAAUCUAUUCGUCAAGAUCUUACCGUCCAAGGUAUUCGAGAUGCAUUUACAGUCCACGUGUAUGAAACACACGCCCGCGUCGCUCUAGAGAAAGGAGAUCAUGAAGAAUUCAACCAGUGCCAGACUCAGUUACGGAUGUUGUAUCAAGACGUCGGCGGAGAAAAUCGAUGUGAAUUUAUUGCAUACAGAAUAUUAUAUUAUAUUUUCACAAAAAAUACUCAAGAUUUAACGACGAUUUUAGCAGCUUUAUCAAUAGAAGACAAAAAUGAUGAGUGUAUAAAACAUGCGCUCAAAGUGCGUUCAGCUUGGUGGUUGAAAAACUUCCAUGCCUUUUUCAAAUUAUACACUUCUGCCCCGAGGAUGGCAGCCUUUUUAAUGGAUUGGUUUGUUGCAAGGGAACGCAAGAAUGCAUUGAAGAGCAUGAUAAAGUCCUACCGGCAAAAUUUGGCGGUUGAUUUCGUCGUAGCAGAAUUGGCCUUUGAAUCUUUGGACAAGUUUUAUGAAUUUGUCAAUGAAUUGGGGUUGGUUUAUGCUGAUCCUGAACAACAUCUAAUCGACUGCAAGACAAGCAGUGGUUCUAUAGGUGCUUGGUAAAAAAAGCAACUUCAAUUUUUUUGAUGGAAGAUAUAUAAACGAAAACCAUUGUCGUGCACAUUCAUAGGCACAAAUCUGUGUGUGUAUAUGCAUAUGUUUCCCGAUUAUAUGCAUAUGUACACUUCACAUACAUAUGCAUAUGCAUGUGCAUAUAUUUAACUACACAUUGAUCUGCUACUGAUUCUUACCAUCCCCUAAUCAUUGUUCUCUUCGUUGAUCGACGCCACACAGUCGAGCAACAAUUUGUAAAUGAAAGUUUUCCCCGCAAUAAUUUGUACAUAUACGUAUCUCAAUCUCAGCCCGGCGCAAGCGAAGAAUCCACAUACAGGCUGAUGAAUUGUACAAAAGAAUUAGGAUGACCGUUUUAAAGUCGUCUGCAACUACCUCAAUAGAACUCGGUAUGAAGCCGAGGCUCGUAGUAAAUUACGGAAAGAGAGAGGAGACGAUAGCAAAUUAUCUUCAGGAAACAAACACUUCUCGUUUGGUUAAAACUUCAAAUUCCUUCGAUCGCAAUUGAUCGAUUCUCCAAAAUUAGUUCAUGUUAUAUAUUAUACGUAUUCUUACUCUUGUGUCUGAUGAUUCUAAGCGUCUUUUUCUAAAUACUGUCCGCUGAAAAGAGUUGGGAUUUUUUAACCACUAGCCAAAUCUUUUGCUCUACGCAAGAAUCUACAUCUUGUCGCCACUUCGAGAGAAAAACUUCGACAUUUCGUAUUGGGGAUUCACAAGCACGCGCGAAUAGAAAUACAGUGAUUGUUUCUACGAUAUAAAUAAAAUAGUAAAGAAUUGGAAUUAAUGAACGUAUUAAAUAUACGUAAUCGCUAUGAAGGGCUUUCUGGUAAGAAAUGUAUUGAGUUUAAGAGGAUAUUGGCAUGCUCAACAACUCGUCGACGAAGAAGAAAGAGACAGGAAGUCGGAAAGAUCUCAAGUUCGGUUCGACGGUUCAAGAACGGCUCGGUGGUAAUAGCCACACGAAACAUCUGUACAAAGGGAAAGAGAAAAUACUCGACUUAACGUGUUCAACCAUCGAAUUAUAGGAACUUCUAACGGGACAAAUGCAUAUUGGCAUCUAAUGCCACUCUCGCGUGUGAAGAGUGAUUAUUUUUAUCUUUUUAAAUAUUUAUCGCAGGACAAUGUUUUUUUUCCUUAAUAGUCUAUUAUCAAUUCUCAAGUGCCGAGAAUUUCGUCUCCACAUUUGAUCCAAAACAGGAAUGCAAAGAUAUAUUAAAUGAGAGAAGACGGACAUUUUUCAUUGUACGAUCACGUGCGAAUAUAGUGUUGUACGUAAUAAAUUAUUUAAUUUUCGGAUAUUAUAUUACUUCUUAAUCUAAUGUUAUGUUAGAGACCUAAUAGAUUUAAAUUAAAUGCAAAUCGUGAUUUUACUACUAAUAAAUACAAAAUUUAUUAUA